UAGGUGGCGGGCUGCGCGCGGGCGGGACUGAGGGCUGCAGGUGCCUGUCGGCGGGAGCAGCCUUCGCGCGGGACGCGGGCUCCUGCGGGCGGGAGCGGCGGGCCUCAGCAAGCAGACCUGCUGCCCGGGCAGAUGUGGCGGCCACCACCCUCGGGCCGCAGGACGGCCCUGAGACGUGGAGGCUACACGCGAGGCUCGAGGAAGCGAGGCCGGCGUCCAGGGCCAGGCGAAGCGGGAGGCGGCGGCCCUGAGGCCGCGGCGCGUGAGGAGAGCAAGCAAAAGAGGAGGAUGGUGGCCCGGGCGUCUGGGAGAGAAGAGGUGAACAGUGACCAGUCGGGUGAGGCGUCCAGGGCUGGGAAGGCCUCGGCAAGGCGGCGAGUGGAGGGGCCGGGAGGUCAAGCGGGCCCUUCAGACCAGUCGGACCAGCAGGGCCUAGAAGCAGCGAAGGAGGCGGAGCUCCCGUUGCAAUCCGGAAGACAGACCAAGGAAAAAAGAAAACUUACUGAAGCCUCAAGUGAUGCUCUACAGCCAGGAAUUGACCUAGUAAGAAAGGAAUCAUUAACCAGUUCGGAACCUUUCCAAACAGUGGAAUGCAGUGAGUUUCAAACUAUGGCUUUCUUGCAGCCUUUGGGUAAGGAAGGUUUGGUAGAAGGUAUUAAAAGAAGAAUUCGAAUUAAACUUAAAAGCUUAGAAAGCCCACCUCUCAAAAUAACCAAAAACAAGGCUCCCCAAAAUAUUACGGUUGAAUUUCAAAGUGAACUGUACAAGAAUACUCCGAAAUAUUCUUGUAACAGCUUGUCACCUGGAGUAGAAAAUAAUCCCAUUUUAAAAUUACCUAAUUGCAGUUGUUUCCCCCGUUCCAAGGGCUGUAAUGAUGAAAAUAACCUUGCACCUAAACCUGAUGUUGGAUGUAUACAUGUAUCAGAAGAUACCUCAAAGUUAAAGAAAGAAAGUCCUAGGAGUCUUGCAGUUAAGAGUGACACAACUAUUCCGCAGCUUUUACAAACUGAAGAAAACUUAAUGGGAGUUAAUAAGUUAUUGCUUGAAGAAAAUGACUUAUACCAAAGUAAAAAUAAUGGCUUGCUUUCCUGCCUCCUAAGUGAAAAAAAUAAAAACUCAGUAGAGGAGAGCAAUGUUGGGAGAAAACCCAGAAAAAGGAUGAAGGUAUCUGAAAAAGAAGAAGAAAUGGUUAUUGAGAUGAAGUUCUCUAAUGUGUAUAAGAAGUCUGAGCUGGUGUUACCAGAAAGCCAAACAGGUGCUGAAGGUAAAGAAGCAGAGACUUUAGAGGCUAAAAAAAGUCCUUUAAAAGUUUUGAGAAAAGUAAACCAUGAUACACUGUCAGCAACGGAUCAUUUGUUAAGUCUUCCAGAAAUAGAAGGAAAAAAAACAAGUCCUGAGCAUCACGUAAAUGCUAUGUUCCAGAAAACCCUUGAGCCACUUUUGAAAAAAGAAACGAAUGCUUCAGAGUCCUUAGGAUGUAAAGGCAUAGAUCCAGAAGAGUAUUCUAAGUCGAUGAAAAGCUCAAUAAUGGAAUCACCUAGUGAUCGCUACCCUAUUGAAAGAAGAUCCCCAAGGGAAGACUUGAAGAAUGAAGGUGAAGUAUCUAAGUUAAGCUGUCACAGAACAAUACCAAUGACUGGCAAAAGAACUUGGCCUUGUUAUUCCUGUGCUAGAACAUCUGCCUGGUGUUGGAAAAAGGCUUCCUUGCCACAGUCAAAUUUUAACUUUCUUCCUGGGUCUCAGGAAGGUUUUAGGCAAGAUGAUUUUCUUAAACACCAAACAAAUCAAACUCACUUAACUGACUCCAAGUUAAUGCUGCAAAGUUCCAUAACAGAAACAAACAGUGAAUCUUCAAGUAGAGAAAAAUUGGAUUCUGAUUUAAAUUGUUUAUCUUCAGUCUCUACAGUAGAACCUAUUUUAAUGGUUAUGAAGGAAUUUAUAAACAAUUAUGAUAAAAAAAUGCAGUCAGAGGAACCGAGCAGAAGUGGGUCAGAAGUAGUUUCUAAUCCUACUGAAGAUGUCCAGUUAACUAACGUGACUCAAAACUUGACAGGAAGUAAAAAAAAAGAUAGAGGGAAUUUAACAAAGCCUACUUUGACAGUGGCUUCCCAGGAUGGCCAGGAAGCAAAUAACACCACAGGCGAACUUAUUCAUCGAAAAGCAUGUAUUGCUAAGCAGACACUUGUGGUUCCAGAUUUCGUUAAGAUAUUGAACACAGGGUGGCUGACUAAUUUUAAAAUUCCUUUGCUUAAGAAUAAAACAGAAAAAAGAAAAGAAAGAAAUGCCAAGUCAUCAGAGAGAGAAGUAUAUAAUCCCCUAGAACUUCUUGACAAUUUUUCUGGAGCAGAGGUAAGGCAGAAUAGGACUGAAGAAAAUGUCACCACAGUAACUUCAAGACGUCAGGCUUUGAGCGUACGAAGUAGUGUAAUCCCAAUGCAAAGCUGUUCCAACUCACACGGCAGUAAGAAUUCCUGUAUUUCUCCAAGCUUUUUAACGCAAGGUAAUAAUAAUAAACCAUCUAACCACAUCUCUAAACCAGGCAAUAUUGUUUCUAAUAAGGAAGCUAUUUCUCUCCCAGUUGACAAUAAUACUUCUUGUGAUCCUGGGUAUAUAGAGAAAAGUCCUGCCUUUGGCUCCAAUGAAGAAGAAACAUUCAAACCAGUUUCCUCUGACGUUAGUGGUAGAAAAAUGACUAAGAACUUAUCAGAAAUUAAAGUUGGGUUUCCAGAUAUUCUUAAAGCAUAUGAAGAUGAUGUCCUCUUAAUUGAUCUAAUUGAAGAUGACCCGGACCUCUUUGGAGUCUCCAAUGAAGGGGAGCUCUCAUUUACUUCAGAGGUUCCCACAAUAAGCCAGGAGCUCAAUGUUGCUGAAGAGCAUCAGUCAGCAGACUCCAAGCAUGCGGAGCUUCCAGGAAAAAAAGAACCAAGCGAUGACUUGAGAGAACCUCGUGUCCUGGAUCCUGGGCUGAUGAAGUCCGAAAUCUGUACUUCCUUGUCAGCAGCAGAUGAGCUAAAACAUGAUUCCAAAGAUGUAGACAUUUCCUUAGAAGAAGUUGCUAAUGAGACCCCUGAAGAUGAAAAACUGGGGGACUUCAGUGAACACACAAAAAGCUCAGAUUUGGAUGAAAAGUGUAGAUUUUCAGACAAGAUGACCAUUCAAGAUGAAAAAGAAAAUACUUACGAAGUUUGCAAAAGUGGUGAUUCUAAAAAUAUUGAGAUUAUGGUUGAUGAAUGUCACUUAGCAGCACUGGGCCCCAAACCUCUGUACUUUUCAGUGCCAGUGCCGCCUUUGACUCUAAGUGCUCAUCAAGAAGACACACUGCUGAAGCCCUGGAUUAAUGAUUUCAGAUUUCCGGGAAAACGUCCUCUCCUAAAGCUGCAGAACCCUGAAAUUUGUGACAUAUUUAACAGGGGAAAACAUGUAUGGGUGUUCCAGAAGCCCCUAGGGUUGAUGAUACCCCAUAGAUACUGCAAGUUUCAUUUUAAUACAUUAUGUGGCUGUAAGCGAUUACAAUGCAAGUUUGCUCACGUGCCUGAGCAAAGGGAUGAAAAGGUUUGCAUGGAUGUUUUUAAGAAAUAUAUUAGAAUCGAUGAGCUGUGUUUGCUACAACGUGCAGUAAACAUGUUUAUGGAGUACUACAGAAAGUUUCCUCCGGGUAUACACUUUGACUUACAAGUGCUAAAUGACCUUCUGAAUUCUUUACUCAAACAUUAUUUAUUGAAAGAAAUAUUUCAGGUAGUGGACCUCAGCAUAAUGGUUAAAAUGCUGCCUGCUCUGAAAAUAUUACUAAAAAUAUUUGAGCUUGUGGCAACUACGAAAUUAAGGAAUGCUGUAUCUGCUUUAAUUGAUAUGUUUUGCAAGCUUGUUGAAGCUGGGAUGGUACUUGACCCAGAAGACUUCAGCUAUAUCAUUAAGUGUUUACACCAAGUACAGGCUUCCAAGCAAGAAAUAAAUGUAGUUCUGGAAAUGAAAUCCAGGUUACAGAUGAGGCAAUUUAAGAAGAACUGGAAGUAUGAUUUAGAGUCAGCCUUGAAUGAAAUAGAGUGUUAUAAAGAAAAAGGUGACUGGACCAAAUUGGGAAAUUUAUACAUAAACAUAAAAAUAGGCUGUGAAAAAUUUGCAGAUUUGCAGAGAUUUUGCACUUGUAUUGCUGAAACACUAACAAAAGACUGUGAAGAAGAGAGACCAGGUGUUCCAUUUUGUGAAUUUGCUGAAACAGUUAGCAAAGAUCCACAAAACAAUGAAGCAGAUAAAACUUUGCUGGGAAGAAUCGGAAUCAAUGCUAUGUACUUCUAUCACAAGCUGUUGCAGUGGUCCAAGGGACGGAAGGUCUUAGACAAACUGUAUGAGUUAAAAAUACAUUUUACAAGUUUAAAAGGACUUAUAGGGCCUGAGAAGUUAGCACCAAGAUGUCAGAUUGUGAAUAUUGCAGCAGAAAUUUUUCUAAAAAAUGGAAACCUGGAUGGUGCCAUUUGGGUCUUAAGGGAGUCAGAGUGGAUCAUCAAUACACCACUGUGGCCUUGCGAUAGACUGGAUGUGCUCAAUCGGCAUAAUCUGCUCUGUACAAUGGCACAUGAAAUCUUAGCAAAGAGCCUUUAUAGACAGACAUUUGAAGUUUUACAAAAUCUACCAGGUUUUCAAAAUUCUGAAGAAACUGUGGAGGUCUCACAGUGUAGUCUUCUUUUUAAUAAACUUCUGGAUGCCUGUAUAGAAGACAACUGCCUUGGCAUGUCAUCCUCCGUAGCAGAGUUCAUGAUUUCAAAGAGCAUCCCUACCGAUUUUUCCUUUCUUAGAAGAUUGAUUACUUCUUUAGGAAGGAGUAAUUUAUGGCUCAAAGCCAGAACCCACUACAAAAGUGCUCUUUCAUUGGGUUGUUACCCACCAUUGGAGGGGAAUUUAUACCGAAAAAUUCUACUGAUUCCUUCCUGUUUGUCUGAGAUCGAAAUGCUUCUAGCUGUUGAAAUCUUCCUGGUAUCUAACGCUAGUAGUACUCAGAGUCCUGAAACUUCUACAGAGAUGCUGCAGAUCGUUUUAAAAAGAUGUGAAGAAAACAAAUCUCGGAGCCAGGAUGAUUAUCAAGCUGCAAUGAAAAGAUUAAUCAUGGCUGCUCGUAUAUCCGAUCCAAAGCUUUUCAUUAAGCACAUGACUGUCAACGUUAAUAAGGAACAGGUUUAUAGUUUGGAACAAUGGUCUGCCCGGAAAUGGCUGAAAAAGAAUAUGAAGUGGGCUGAAAAGGUUUGGCUUUUCAAUAACCACUAGUUAUUAAAGGCUUUUUUUUUAAGUUCAAGUACUCAUUGUUGAAAAUAAAAGGCCCUAAAAAUAAAGACA